AAGUGUGACCAAGGGGGGGGACGGUGCGGAUUUUCAGUCAUGAAGUCUGGAUAGGAACUUCUCCCGCAGCAACGCGGCUGACCAGCCUCUUUGUGUUUUGGGGUCAGGCUUCCAGGUAUUUUUGCAGCGAGAUGCUGCUCUCCAUAGGAAUGCUCAUGCUGUCAGCCACACAAAUAUAUACCAUCUUGACCAUCCAGCUCUUUGCAUUCUUAAACUUACUGCCUGUAGAAGCGGACAUUUUAGCAUACAAUUUUGAAAAUGUGACUCAGACGUUUGAUGAUCUUCCGGCGAGAUUUGGUUAUAGACUUCCAGCUGAAGGUUUAAAGGGUUUUUUGAUUAACGCCAAACCAGAAAAUGCCUGUGAACCCAUAGUGCCUCCACCAGUAAAAGACAAUUCAUCUGGCACUUUCAUCGUGUUAAUUAGAAGACUUGAUUGUAAUUUUGAUAUGAAGGUUUUAAAUGCACAGAAAGCAGGAUACAAAGCAGCCAUAGUUCACAAUGUUGAUUCUGAUGACCUCAUUAGCAUGGGAUCCAACGACAUUGAUGUGCUGAAGAAAAUUGACAUUCCAUCUGUCUUUAUUGGGGAAUCAUCAGCUAAUUCCCUGAAAGAUGAAUUCAUCUAUGAAAAAGGGGGCCACAUUAUUUUAGUUCCAGAAUUUAGUCUUCCUUUGGAAUACUACUUAAUUCCUUUCCUUAUCAUAGUGGGCAUCUGUCUCAUC